AUAAACUAAAAAUAAAAUAAAAUAAAACAUUCACUGGAACGUAUAUGUCCUAGCAGGAUCGAAAAGAUUAAUUACCUCUGUGUAGGAUCAGUUUACAAACUCGUUCUAUCUGAAACGUACCAGGAUACUCUUGCAAUUCUUACGAUAACGUUCGGCACAAAGCAAGUAGUAUCAUUGUGGAAGGAAAAUGUGAGUAAGAAAAGUUAUCGAGUGCUGUUUUCGUGGCUCAUCCGACAAUGAAAAGUCGAUCGGUCGAGAGGAGAGGAUGAACACCUCUUUUUCGAAACGCACCACUAGCCCAUCCCUAGGUGGCUGCUAGCUCGACCGGCGCGGCGCACGCGCCCCAACGCCCCCGACUAUAAGAAUCCGAUCGGCACUGGUAGCGACUUCAGUCUACCCCGUACUGGCAGCCGGUGUUGUGGUGCUGAUUGUCGUGUCGCUUCACCAUCGUUCGAGCCCUUCCGUCGAUGACGUCCUCGGUAUGUUGCUUCUCGCGUAUCAGUGACAAAGAACGUACCGCGGAGCAAGGGAAGAACAGAGAAGGAGACAGUGUGCGCGCGAAAGAGAAAGGGAAGGGGGUGUGGGAAAUAGAGAAGGUAGAGGAGAAAAAGAGACCGGUUUCUACUCUUUUCUCCAUACCCCUUUUCUGAGAGAGCCGAGCGUCGUCAACGUCACCAGCGACGUGGAUAUCCUGGACGAUCAGCGCAGUAGAAAGCAAUUUCAACUUCAAUGAUCAAGAUGACCGUAGGAAAGAUUUUAACAUGGAUAUCAUAUUCUCUGGUUGUAAGCGAGUGCCACAAUCGAAAGGCGCACGACGAAGAUGGCUCGAAGCUAAUACGUAUCAACGGUGACAUAAUCCUCGGUGGAAUUUUCCCUAUGCAUGAGCAGGUGUCAGGUUCGAUCGGUCAAUCGCCAUGCGGUGCGGUGAAGGAAGAAAAGGGAAUGCAACGAUUGGAAGCUAUGCUAUAUGCCCUCGACGAGAUCAAUUCAGACAAUGAUUUAUUACCAAAUACCACUUUGGGUGCCCUUAUUCUUGACUCCUGCAGCAGUGAUACCUACGCUCUUGAUCAGAGCAUGGAGUUCGUCAGAUCUUAUAUGAAUCAAGAUAUAACAGAAUAUAAGUGUGAAAACGACAAACCACCGCUAUACGUGCCCCACAAACCCGUGACUGGUGUUAUAGGAGCUUCCUUCAGCGUAGUCUCCAUUAUGGUUGCAAAUAUUUUAAGGCUCUUCAAGAUACCACAAAUAAGCUAUGCAUCAACGAGCACAGAACUGUCGGAUAAAAGUCGCUUCGAAUAUUUCAGUAGAGUAGUACCGCCAGAUAAUUUUCAAGCCCAAGCCAUGGUGGAAAUCAUUCAUCAACUCGGGUGGAAGUAUGUUUCAACGGUCGCGGUUGAGGGUGAUUAUGGAGAGAAGGGUAUCGCAAGUUUUAGCGCACUGUCGAUGGAAUAUGGUAUCUGCAUAGCGGUUAGCGAGAAAAUUUUAAGAAACGCCAAAACCGAGGAUUUUGAUAGAAUUGUUGAACGGCUCAACUCGAAACACAACGCUAGAGGCGUUGUACUAUUCGUCGAUGAGGAUAACGUAAGAAAACUUCUUCAAGCGACUGUUAAAGCGAACCGUACAGGUCAUUUCAUGUGGAUAGGCAGUGAUUCAUGGGGUGCUAAAGUGUAUCCGGUAAGGGAUCAAGAAUUUGCAGCUGAAGGAGCAAUUACAAUUUUACCUUACAGAAUAUCUCUUCAAGGUUUCGAUGAUUAUUAUUUAAAUCUUCGUCCAAGAGUGGACAACGAAUGCAAUGGUCAAACUGAGAGCAACGUGCCACACAAACAUUUACCUGGAAAAAUCGUGAAUUGUCGGAAUCUUUGGUUCCGUGAGUUUUGGUCUCAACAUCAUAAAUGCAGUUUUAAUGCAAAUUCGUCAGUGGGUACGACUCGAUGCACUGGAACUGAGAAAUUAAUUGAUUACGAACAGGAAGGCUUAGUGCCAUUUGUAGUUGAUGCUGUUUAUGCAAUGGCACACAGUGUUCAUAAUUUAAUCGAUGAAGAAUGCAUGAACGAUGAUGGAUCGACUCAUUAUUUGUGUGAAAAACUUCGUCCAGCACCUGAUGGACACGAGCUUCUUCGACACAUACGAAAUGUCAGUUUUAUUGGUCGUCAGGGUACUGAAAUUAAAUUUAAAUCCGAUGGCGAUGCAUAUGGAUUUUAUAACAUCUACCAAUAUCAAAGGAACAACGACGGACGUUUUGAUUAUGUUCUUAUCGGUACAUGGAGAGAGGAAUUAUCACUUGAUAUUAAUAUGACAAAAUGGACAGGAGGUAAUGGUGAAAUGUAUAUUCCUCGAAGUUUGUGCAGUGAGAACUGUCCGCUGGGCCAUGUUCGUAGUUUUCAGGAACCUUGUUGCUGGAGUUGCAUAGCAUGCCCCGAAGAUGCAUACGUUUUCAACGAUACUUGUCCCAGAUGCAGUUCAGGCUACGCUCCGGAUGAAACAAUGACCAGCUGUAUCAAACUCACAGCUGAAGUAAUUCCGUGGUCUAGUCCAUGGGCAUUAGUACCGCUGAUAUUCGCAUCCAUUGGUAUACUCAGUACCUUGUUCACUACGGUGGUCUUCAUUCGUUUUAAUCGAACUCCGGUAAUCAUGGCAUCGGGACGUGAAUUGUGUUACGUAUUAUUAAUAGGAAUUCUGUCAUGUUACGGUAUGAGUUUCGUUAUACUAAGCAAACCAACAACCUGGAAUUGCACCUACCUGAGAAUUGGUUUGGGCUUAUGUUUAAGCAUUUGUUAUAGUGCGAUAUUAACGAAAACAAACCGGAUGUCUCGCAUAUUCAAUCAAGGAACAAAGAGCAUAAAAAGACCAUCUUAUACAUCACCGAAGAGUCAAGUGGUGAUUGCUAUUGGGAUAACUGCAGUGCAGUUAGUUGGCGCUAUAGUUUGGCUGAUUAUCAAACCACCUGGCACCACGGAAAUUCAUCCGUAUCCGUUGUCAGCAGUACUCACGUGCCGUGUUUCCACAUUCUCUUUAAUGAUGUCCCUUGUAUAUAACAUGUUCUUGAUACUUAUGUGUACCUUAUACGCAUUCAAAACACGUAAGAUACCUGAGAAUUUCAACGAGGCGAAAUACAUCGGUUUUACAAUGUACUCAACUUGCAUUGUAUGGUUAGCUUUCGUGCCUAUUUACUUUGGCUCGAACAAUGACUACAAGGUACAGAUAGCGAGUAUGUGUAUGUGCAUCAACAUUUCUGCUUCGGUAGCUCUUGGUUGUCUGUUUACGCCAAAGGUAUAUUUGGUACUUUUUCAACCGUACAAGAACGUUCGACCUGGACAUGCCAAUACUGGGGCGCUCCAAAGCAGUAAUCGUGUAGCGUACAGUAUGCGAUUCUCUGGCGGUCGGAGUCAAACGAUGCAGAGUAUGACCUCGUGUUCACGGAGCAGUCCACCGGCAUCGCGUAUAGGUCACGAUGAAGUGAAACAUUCCAACGAGUGUCAGGUGAGAAUUCGUGAGACCGCGGUGGAGGUGUAUGACGACGAUGAAGAUGAUCGCAAGCUUUCCACUGUCCAAGAAGUAUCAGAAUCGAGAGACAUUUCCAGUCCUUCGAUGUUUACUGAGAAUUACCGGAACCGAAGUCGCAAAUCAAUUUCCAGCGAUUCCGAUCAGUCGAGUGACCCAACGCGUAAGAAUCGUGUGGAAACAAUUAGUUCCAUCUCCGACAAAGUGAUGUCUUAUAAAAUGGAUGUCAACAAAUUUUCCAACGAAGAUCAAACUUUCCACGUCUACAGUGAUUCACCGACUUUCUCCGAUUUCUCAUCAUAAAGUGCAACAUUAAAUGUUGAAAUAAAUAAGUAGAGGGAAGUGAGAUAAAAUCGAGUAUCAAAUACAUUGAUUAUUCAAAGCUGCUUCAGUGUCCAGUCAUCUCAUGGAUAAAGUAACAUCUAGGACCUACUUCAAAACAUACGAAACUAAUUAGUUUAGUUCAAAAAUUUUUAUUUUAUCAAGUAAUAAACUACAAAUUAACAUUCUGGUUUUAUACCAUGCUAAAGUAUCCAAUGUGACAAAAUUUAAUAAAUCCAAUUUUUCUACGUUCUUAAAUGAUUAAAAAAAACCGAUUUAUUCCUUAAAUAACUAAAUGAAAUUCCAUAUUUACCUGAAUUAAUUCGUAUGGUAUGAGGUGGAUAUGUCAUUUGUAGUCACAGCAGUAUUUGUGACCAUUAUUAAAUAAUUCUAAUAUUUAUUAUUUAAAAAAGAAAUACCUGAUUUUGCCCGACUUUAUCGCAGAAUUGCAUACUUAGUAUUAUGGCAUUCUAUUGAAGUUCGUAAUGUAUGUACAAAAUGUUUUAUACUUAUGUUGGAUACGUAAUAUUACUUUAACUGAUUGAAACAAUGUUUUUAUUGAAUUUUUGAUAUUAUUAUGAUUACAGAAUUUAUAGGUACUUUAUUUGUAAAUUCUUAAUUUUUUUUUUCGUUAAUGUUUACAAUUAUAUAUUUCCAAAUAUUCUCUUUCAAAAACAAACUAAUUAAAUGAUUGUUGAAUUUUGUAAGAAAUGUAUAAACUGUAGAUAUUUCAGUUAUGAAUGUAACUUUGAAACAGAAUAUUUUUCAAUGAUUGUUGAAUAGUUUAUCAUUUUUCAUGUUGCAAAGGUAAUUAAACUAUUCUGGCAUAGAAUAUUAAGAAGUCAGGGUACAUAAAUUUUUUGCCACGAAAGGAACUUUGCAGUUUAAGAUUUUGAUUUUAAAGUACACGCACAUUGGGUUUCGAAGCUGAUUUGUUAUGUAAUUUAUUAUAAAUGGAAAGGUUAAAAUUAAAUUAUUAGUUGUUGAAUGACAGAAAGAAUAACAAGAUAUAGUACUAAUUAUGCAAUUUAUCUAUUUCAUAUUAUUAUUUAUUAAUAAAUCGUAUGAAAUACUAGACAAAACAUUUUUGAAAGG